AUGCUGAGCCUUUUAGACCAUACAGGUGCUCGGCAGCCGAUCGCUAUCGCUUCCUUCGGGACGCUUUGUAUUUCACAUCCGAGUGCGAGCGGACUGGGUGCAGUCUGCCCUUCUAAACAUACAGGCAAGAUACGCAUCACGACGUUGGCUGCAGUCUGCAUGCGCGAUGCGGGUACGACGUGCGCAGAGCUCACCAUUCACCGCUCGAGGUCGCUGCCUAGAUGGUACGAAUCUCGGGUACCUUUCCCCAGACCUCGAGUGGUAUCGACGAAUUCCAAAGGAAGAGAUGCACUAGUGCUCUGCGCUUUUCAUCUCAGCGAUUAUCCCUCGAAGUUGCGCUCGCACGUCGAGCGUAGGCGUGAUGUGCAUCCGCAGCAAACGGUACUUGUCCACGAUCGGAACGUCCUUAUCCUGCAGACGCCAUGGGCGGUCGCGGGUGCUCUUCGAGUCUCCGUGUAUGACCAUGACCCCGCAGUUGGAUGCACCGAUGGUCAACUCCGAGCGGUCGGCCCAGGAACUGACCUCGCGCAUACUUGCAGCGAGCGCCUCCGGGUUCGGCGCCAGCAGCAGAACUUUGUCGACAAAUAUGAGCCCCGCAAGGCGGCGCCCGUGAGGACCCUCCUUCUCUGGCUUGUCAGCGCUUGCGCAAUCAAACUCUACACCGUACUCUCGGCACCGAUCUAA